AUGAGGAAAUUCUGAAAUUCUUGAAAUUCUGUAAUUAUUAAUCCGAAUACUCUCAAACUCAGUAACUAUAAUAAUAUUUUAGUAUGCUCUUUGUUGUCCCUGUGUCUGUUUAAAGGUAUCGAGUUUGUGACUAGUCACCAGUCUCUGAACGGGCUAUUGAUUCAAUGUGACGGGCUAAUGCUGAUUACGAGGAAUCUGAUUCGCUGAACUGUAAGAUGAUUGACAGAGGAGACGAAAAAUUAUGGUUCGCAAACUGAUCUUAGUAAAACAAAAAUAUGCAAACUAAAAUAGUUGGGCUGCCUAAAAAUCGCGUACCUUGAUACAAGAAAAGCUCGCUCUUUUACACUCUUCUGCAUUCGUCGUCCUGUUUUUUGCACUCUUCAUUCCUCGUCCUGUUUCGUUUUCUUAUUGACUUGAAUGCUUUAGGUAUUUAAUAUAUUUUGGGCUUUGAAAAUAAAAAUAGAGAAAUGAAAACUUAUACCACUUAUAUAAUAUUAAGAGAUUAAGUAUAAUAAUGUUAGGCUGCCUGAGGUAAAGUCUUGCCGUGGUACGUCCUAACAGUGGUAUUUCAACAUGUAUCAGUAUGUCCUUCCAGUAGUUUUGCCUUUGUUUGGUGGAUAUGUACUGAGUUCCUUUAUUCUUUUCCGCUGUCCUGAGAUUCUUCACAACAAGAAGAAAACUAAAUUUAGAUGUCGGCAUAUCAGCCACCGAGGAGGAGCAGGAGAAAAUAGAGAGAAUACCAUAGCUGCAUUUAAACAUGCUGUCAGAUUGGGAACAGAAAUGCUAGAAAUUGAUCUACAACUUACAGCUGAUAAACAAGUUGUAGUUUGCCAUGACAACAACUUGUCAAGGGUUGCAGGAGUAGAUUGCAACAUCUCAGAUCUUGAUUAUAAGGAUCUCCCACCAUUGUUAGAAAAAAUUCCUGUCCAGUUUCAUCCAGGAGCAAUAAGUCACCCUGACAACAAUGAUAGGGAUAUUCCACUGUUGUCUACUGUAUUUGAAGCAUUUCCAGACAUACCAAUCAAUAUUGAUAUCAAGUAUGAUUCUGAUGAACUAAUUGAGAAGACUAAUGAGUUGAUCUGCAAGUAUGAAAGAGAGCAUCUAUGUGCCUGGGGAAAUGUUAAUAGUCACAUCACAGAAAGGUGCCACAGGCAUAACUCCAACAUUCCUCUGAUUUUUUCAUUACAUAGAUGUGGGGUCCUUCUUUUACUUUACUACACUGGACUUUUACCAUUUAUACCCAUCAAGGAGUCAUAUCUUGAAGUUAUGCUUCCAAAGGUUAUGUUAAGGCGGUUUGAGGUGUCAGGAAAACUUAGGAUGAUUUGCUACAUUGCUGACUGGCUACUAAUCCGACCAAGUCUGUUUAAACACCUUGAAAAAAGAGGCAUCCAGACUUACCUUUGGGUGCUAAAUGAUGAAGAUGAAUUUGAACUUGCAUUUGAUGAACUAAAAGUGGCUGGUGUAAUGACCGACUAUCCAACUAAACUUUCCAAGUAUUUAAGACAGAACAUUAUCUUCUCUGGUGAAUAAGUUAUUCAAUGGGAAAGUCAUGUUUCCUGUUUAGAAAUUAAAUAGAAAAAUCCUACAGCACAUGCAUAUUAUUUACAAUCAAUCUACAAUAAUCUCAUUAUAAUUUAUUAAUUACUAGAAGUAUUCUUUCCUUAAUUUAAUUUAACACUUGAUCAAUCAUUUUUUUAUAAAAAAAUGUAUCAUGUUCACUAGCUCGCAACAGUUCUUGUAAAUUUCCAUGAUCAUUUGAUUCAAUCAUUCAACUUAAAGUAUAACUAAGUAAAAGUAUUGAAUAAUUACACCUUUUAUAUUAAGUUAUUAGUAAAGUUGUUUUUAUUGAUUUUUUGGAACCACCAAUUUAAAAGUCUAUCAGCCUGACUUGUAUGAUUCAUUGUUUUACAAUCCACUUUGACAAAGUUGAGCACUUUUUUUGAAAACAUUUUUGAUAAUAUGUAGAUUUUUCAACUUAUUCAUUGAAAUUUCCCUUUUCAGUCAUGGGCAUUGUGUGCCAGUGUAUGUAAACUUGAACACUUUGCUUUACAUGUCUUUAGAGUUAAAGUUGCUAUAUUAAACAGUAAAAAUUUA